AUGGAGGCAGACAGUAUAAACAACGACCUCCUUCAGUAUGAGCCCUUACGUACGGCCAUCAACAAUGGUGAUUGGGUUUCUGCAAACGAUUUCCUUAGCCGCCACGAAGAUGCAAAGAGUGCAAAAAUUUCAGUCAAUGGACGUUCUGUUCUUCACGUGACUGCCCUUGCAGGACAUACGAAAAUUGUGGAGAAGUUAGUGGAGUUAAUGUCAGCAGAGGAAUUAGAAAUAAAAGACGACGACGGUUUGACAGCUCUAGCUCAGGCUGCUGUUCUACAAAGUACUUAUCGGAUGGUAGAUUGCAUGAUUACGAAGAACACUCAUUUGCUUGACCUCCCAGACAAUUUGAAUCGUAUUCCAGUUGUAAUGGCUCUCGAGUAUGGAAACAUUGAAGUAGCUCGCUAUCUCUACUCUGUCUCUCUGCCAUAUCAAACAUUAAGUGACAGCGAUGCUUCCACGCUUCUUACCCUGUUCAUGCGUUUCAAAAAAUUUGAUAUUGCCUUGCACUUGCUCCAGCGUUGCCCAGGUUCUGCUAUUGUUCCAAACCAGUUCGAUUUCCCUUUGGCCACAUUGGCUUGGAUGUCUUCUGCCUUCCCGAGUGGGAACCAGCUGGUGUUUUGGACAAACUGGAUCUACUCCUAUAAACGUAGAUUGAAGCCUGUCCACACAGAUCUUCACCGUAGGCUAGAGAUCUUCCGGCGAAAUGCUCUUGAUUUAUCUCCGUCGAGAAGCUCUCCCUCCGUUGAACACGACUCCGCCACCUCCAGCUCCAACAACCCAGAGCUAGCCUCAGACAGAGGAGGAUCCCCACCCGGAGUUGUUCUCACCAAGGCAAGGACAUCCGGUCACAGCCAGCACUGCCGCCCCUAG